AUGGUUUUUAAGUACACUUUCUCUGUAAAUAGUUCAUUCUUCUUCUUCUUCUUCUUCUUCUUCUUCUUCUUCUUCUUCUUCUUUGUCGAUUCUUUCUUUUAUUCUUUUAUUGAAUCUUUUUCUUCUUCCAUUGAUCUUUUCUUGUUUUUUUUUCAUUUUCUUCUACUUAAAUUGAUUUUUGCCCCUCAAUUGCCAAUUUCUUUUCUCUUGAGAAAUACCUUCUUCUUCUUCUUCUUCUUCUUCUUCUUCUUCUUCUUCUUCUUCCUUCCUUCCUUCCUUCCUUCCUUCCUUCCUUCACGGUCUCUUUUCUUUUUAACUUCUUCAUUUGUUAUUUUUUCCCUGAAUGUUACAUUCUUCAUCUUCUUUCAUUGUUUUCUGUCUUUCAUUUCUUCAUUUUUCGUUCACUUUUGUAUUUCUUUCUUCCCUGCUUUCAAUUAUUUUUCUUUCUUUUUACUUCUUCUCGCGUCUAUUUCUUCCUCUUUCUUUUUAAUUGUUCUCUUCUUCUUCUUCUUCUUCUUCUUCUUCUUCUUCUUCUUCUUCUUCUUCUUCUCAUUAGUUUCCUCUUAUUUCUAG